AUACCGACACACUGAGUUGUCGUAAUUAGCCAAAAUAACUGCUGCUACGUUAUAACUGUAAUUAUCAGCCGGAGGAGGAAGUGUUGUCAGGUACUUUACAAGGUUCAUGUAGUUACAGAGUCACAUAUAUUUACUUUAUCCGCUCGAAGUGUUUUUUUUUGCUAGCUAGCUGUUAGCCUCAAACGCAUGACGGCGUGAUUCUUCCUCUCGGCUGAAACUUCAAGACCACAACUGCAACAACAAGAAUUUCUCCAAAACAAAUGUGUCUUUCACAGGCAGUAACAUGUCCGGGGGAAACAAAGCCUUUGAGUUACAGCUUCAGAUGCGGCAAAACGCGGAGGAUCUGCACGGCUUCAUGAGGGAGCUGGAGAGCUGGGAGACGGACAUCAAGAAGAAGGACGAGGAGCUGAGGACAGGAGGACACCAGGAGGACCAGAAGAAGCUCCCACCAGUGCGCAACAAAGACUACAAAACAAAGAUGAGGGAAAGGAAGAAGAAGAAGAAGGAGGGCAACGGAGACGCAAAGACAGAGGAGUCCAAGGAAGCUUCGAGGAUAAAAGCAUACGACUACAGAUCGUGGGACAAGUUUGACGUGGACAAGGCUCUGGCAGAGAUGGACAAGGAGGAGAGUCCCGCAGAGUCGAACGAGUCGGACUCUGAGGAAGCUGCAGCGGAUCAGGAGAGAGCGCUGGCUGAGAAAGAAAAAUUAUAUUUUCAUUUUCAGGGUAAUGCUUUUUUCAAAGAAGGGAAGUACGACGACGCCAUUGAGUGUUACACCAGAGGGAUGGGUGCCGAUCCUUACAACCCUGUGCUCCCUACAAACAGAGCCACCUCCUUCUUCAGACUCAAAAAGUUUGCUGUGGCAGAGUCCGACUGCAACUUGGCGAUCGCUCUGGACAGCAACUACUUCAAAGCGUACGCACGAAGAGGAGCAGCACGGUUUGCACUGAAGAAAUAUGAAUCUGCGUUAGAAGAUUACGAGAUGGUUCUCAAGCUCGACCCCGGGAAUGUGGAAGCACAGAAUGAAGUGAAGAAAAUCGGAGAGACUCUCAGACAGCAGGCGCCGGCCGUCCCGAGUGAAGCCGCACAGCCACAGGAGGCUCCCGCAGCGGACUCUGAGCAGCAGAAACUGAUGGAGGAACAGCAGAGACGACAGGAGGCGGCUGUACAAAAAGACAGAGGGAACGCUUAUUUCAAAGAGGGAAAGUAUGAAGCGGCUGUCGAGUGCUACAGCAGAGGCAUGGAGGCAGACAGCAUGAACGUCCUGCUGCCCGCCAACAGAGCGAUGGCCUACCUCAAGCUGGAAAAAUAUCAGGAGGCAGAGGAGGACUGCACCAAAGCCAUCUCUCUGGACAGAACUUACUCCAAGGCUUUUGCCCGUCGUGCCACCGCCAGAGUGGCUUUAGGGAAACUGGAGGAGGCCAAACAAGAUUUUCAGGAGGUGUUGAAACUGGAGCCAGGGAACAAGCAGGCCUUGAACGAGCUCCAGAAACUCCAGAUAGAUGUGGCCUCCAGCGGCCUUCUCCAAACACCAGACAGCACACAGCGGAGGACAGUUCAGCCGAUAGACAAACCAAUACAUCUGCGGUCAACUAAACCUCUGAGGAGGAUUGAUAUUGAGGAAGUAAGUGGAAAGGUGACAGUGUCCGAGGUGGAGUCUGGUGGGUCCAAAUCCUUCAUCCAGGAGGUGAUGAAUGAGGCGGAGCGUGGAUCCUCUCCACUGUCGACUUCACCCAGCGCCAAAAUGAUCAAGAUUGAGGAGAUAGCAGAAAUCUCCUCACAUUCACCUGAGCACAGUCAAACCAAACAACCCGAGCAGAAGAACAUCAGGACUGUUCCUGAACCCUCAGCAGUCCCCUCUCCGACAGAAGCAGACCUGCCUCCUCCACCCAACAACAGCUUCCAGCUAGAGGCCGACUUCCGAAAGAUCGGAAACCAGCCUGAAGUGAUUUACAGAUAUCUGAAGCAAAUCAAGCCUGAGGUGUAUGCAAACAUUUUCCACAACUCCCUGGAACCUGACAUUCUCAAUCAGAUCCUGAGGACGCUGCACGCUUUCUAUAUCAAGAAUGAAGCACCGACCAUCACGCUGGAAAUCCUCAGGAGUCUGGCGAGUGUGAGGCGCUUUGACAUGGCCGUUAUGUUCCUGUCGUCCCCGGAGAAGACAGUGCUUAAAGAACUGUUUGACUUCCUUCGCCGAGCUGAGCUGGAGGGAUCAUCUGUCGCGGCCUUACAGAAGAAAUACGGUGUGUGACGCUGCGAGUUCAUUAGAAGUUUAAGCUCAACACAAAGUGCUACAUUAUUUUCAGAGCCAACAAGACCCCAUAGUUAUAUUCUAAUACUAAAUAAAUGUUCAUUCAGUUCAUUUUUAUUAAAUUAGACUGCUGUGUUUACAGCCCUGAAUAGAUUCUAUUCAUAACACCGCGUUUAAUUAAAACUGGAAAUUCACAUAUUGCAGAUGGUAAUGGAGAACAUGUUGUGUUUAAGUAUUAAGUGACAGUUUACUGUCCCUUUAAAGCUGAUAAAAUAGAGACUUCCUUUGUAGACUCCUUUGCAGCAGCAUUUAUGAUGCUUCAGAAAAUCUGCAACUUUGCUGCAUGAAUGUAUGAGUUCAACCAUUUACUGCACAAAUGUAUGAGCAUGCAAAGAUAAAAAAACAUCUUAUAGAGGAUUAUACCCUAAACAGCAGGGAUGUUCAACAAGGAAUUUUUGUAAGAAGUUUUCAGAUUUUUCAGACGUUUUUGAAUGCAGCACAUGUAUGGAUUAGUCUCUGUGAGUACUCAGCCCUGUUUGAAUGUUCCCCAAAUUCUGCCUGAAAAAAGAAAAAAACAUUUUAUUGGCUAAACUUGCUCAGUUUGACAAUGUGAGAGAGGAGUCCCAAGUAUUCUGCCAAUACAGAUGUUUCAGAAACACAACAAAUAAAGGUGUAUUUUUUAAUUUG